AUGAAUGAGCUGCUGGAGUCGCAAUACCUCUCCGUGCAAGACAUCGUGGCAAAUGUGCGGGGUGCGCGUGGCACUAAACUUCAAGGUAGCCGAGUUGUAUUGGAUGGACGGGCCGAGUCGGCCUACUUGAACCAUCCCAACCAACCCAAAAAGGAGGGCAUCGAAAGCGACAUUGUGGGCUCAGAGGCCGUGAAUGCAGACAUGGAGCUCGACCCGCUCUUGCGAGCGGUGGGCGGAUGGCGCGGCCCCAUGGCGGUGGGCCGGCAAUCCGAGGAGUACGAGAUCGCCAUGCACGUGAUCGCGCAGGCCAUGGCCUUGUCGGGCGAUGCGCGGCUUGGCCCAGACGUGCUGGACAAGGACUGGCUGCCGGAUGGGGCUCUGGAUCAUUUGCUCGGCAAAGGCGAGUCCCUUCAGGCGGAAAAGAUUUGCAAGCUGGCCAAAGCGUGCAGCCGCCAACUCUCGUCGUACCCCUCCUUGGUGCGGGUCACAGCGCCUGCGAAGGUCUUUGGUGACAUCCAUGGUCAAUUCCGAGACAUGCUGCUGCUGUUUUCCACCUUCGGUAGACCUUUUCACUGUGGCGGGGACAUUCAGACCACGUCAUACGUGUUCAAUGGCGAUUUUGUGGAUCGAGGUGCGCAUCAGUUGGAAGUGAUCACGCUCCUUUUCGCUUUGCAUGUGGUCUAUCCCGUGCAGGUGUUUCUGGUGCGUGGGAAUCACGAGUUCCGAGACAUGAGCGAGAACAUGGGCGAGCUUGGCUUCCUGUGUUUGGCUCAGAGAUCUCGAGAUGUGCCCCUCUUUUGUUUGGAGGGAGUUGUCUUGAAACCCCAAAGAGGGAGCCUCUGCCCUUUCCCACGGCCUCUGGAGGUCUUGCUGGGCAGUUUAAGCGCAAGUCUGAGUCGAGGUUUCACUGCCAAAAGCGCCUGA